AUGUCAGACUCAAUCUCCCAAAAGUCGUCAGGUCUUGACACAUGUCUGCCGUAUGCAAAGACGAAUCCUCAUCUCUCGAAUGAACUUCGGUCGGUCACUUCAUCCAGAGAUUCGUCGUUGCAGAAAGUAUGGUCCGAGGAUUAUUACGAUGAUAAACAUGCUUCCGAAGGACCAAGUUCGCAGUCUUUAACCGAUUCGACGACUGAUUCACAAACACAUAUAGCUUCGGGGCAAGAGCCGAGCAGAUCAAUGGCUAGCGAACAACAAAAUUCACCAAAACAUAGAAGCCACUCGCGAUCUGUUACCGACCUGCUUCCUUUCCGAUCACCUCGACAAAGUUCCUCAUCCAGGGACCAGAGUCCGAGCAAACAGGAUAUCGAGACGGAAUUCAUGCCUACCUUUACAGGAGACAGAGAUGGGGUUAUAAAGGUGGCAGAUAAAUCAAGAGGGGGAUUGAGCUCUUGGUUUACUGGGUCAUCAACACCAAUGUCGUUACCUUUUGGAGAAAAGACGCUGCCCGACCUGCCUUCCACCACUUCCUCAAGAUCAGUCUCCCCCGAGCGACCCACGCCACAGAGACGACCUACAUAUGGCAGUGCUAUACCAUCACCAAAACCACAAACCGGCAUGUUUGGAGGAUUCUUUUCGAAAGCACCUGUGGAAGAGCCAAAGUUAUCACCUGCCGAGCUGAUGAACGAUGAACUCCUUACUCUCGAUAUAAACGCAGCUCUAUUCCCUAAUGGAACACCAGCCGAUCCCUUCUCUCCAGCGUCUUUCAAAAACUUGCUCCUCAAUGCCGAAGGGAUACUCCAAAAGCUACAGUCUGCAUAUAAAACUCAAACAUUAUCAUUACACGAAAUUCAAAUCGAAAAGUCAGUGAUGGAAGAAGAAUUGGAGGAAGCAGGGACGAGAGCACAGAUGUACAAGUCACAGUUAGAGGAUAUGGCCACCAAGGUACAAGAGUCAGAUGCGGCAUUAUCUGAUUUGGUCGAGGAACUUGCGAAAGAGAAAAAGGCACGACAAGAGGAGAAGGAAGCGAGGGAGAAAUCUAUAGCUUUGGUCAAAGAAAACGCAAAUGCACGAUCCACGAGGAUACAAGUUCAGGGUACAGAGGACGAAGAUCUCGGUAUUUCAGAUGCAGUCUCGCCUGGAAUCAGAAAAGAUCGUAAGAUGUGGCGUGGAUCGGCGGAUAUGAGUACUGAAGGAGAAUCGGAUGCAGAAUCUUUUGGAGGCGAUUCAGUCUUUUCGAGGUCGAGAUCACCAACUUUCACCAUGAACUCGGUAUCGACGCGCGACGGCACACCAGAAAUCCAUCAAGCUCAAUUCGCAAGAAUGCUUCCCAACACGAACCCACCAUCUCAACGACCAAAACAGCAAUUACAACAAAGAAGUACAUUUCAAAAGAUCAUGCAGGGCAUUUCAACUCCAGCCGUCGCGCAGAACGUAGACAAAGAUCCUUAUGGAGGUAUUGGCAUGGGCGACGAAGGAUGCAGCAAUUGUCGAGGCAAAGACGCGAGUGUAGCUUGGGAUACCGUUGGUCUCUUACGAGCUGAAAACCAAGGCUUGAAAGCACAAGUCGCCACUCUAGAAGAAGGCCUUGAUGGCGCUCUAGCAAUAUGCUACGGCAUCCACUAG